AUGGACCUGGACGCCUCGCUGCUGCCCACCGGCCCCAACGGCAGCAACACUUCGGAUGGCCCGGACAACCUCACCGCCGGCGGCUCACCUCCUCGCUCAGGGAGCGUCUCCUACAUCAACAUCAUCAUGCCUUCGGUAUUCGGCACCAUCUGCCUCCUGGGCAUUGUUGGGAACUCCGCGGUCAUCUUCGCGGUGGUGAAGAAGUCCAAGCUCCACUGGUGUAGCAACGUUCCCGACAUCUUCAUCAUCAACCUCUCAGUGGUGGACCUUCUCUUCCUCCUGGGCAUGCCCUUCAUGAUCCACCAACUCAUGGGCAAUGGCGUCUGGCACUUUGGGGAGACCAUGUGCACGCUCAUCACGGCCAUGGACGCCAACAGUCAGUUUACCAGCACCUACAUCCUCACCGCCAUGGCCAUCGACCGGUACCUGGCCACCGUCCACCCUAUCUCCUCCACCAAGUUCCGGAAGCCGUCCGUGGCCACCCUGGUGAUCUGCCUCCUGUGGGCCCUCUCCUUCAUCAGCAUCACGCCCGUGUGGCUCUAUGCCAGGCUCAUCCCCUUCCCAGGGGGCGCAGUGGGCUGUGGUAUCCGCCUGCCCAAUCCGGACACUGACCUGUACUGGUUCACCUUGUACCAGUUUUUCCUGGCCUUUGCCUUGCCCUUUGUGGUCAUCACGGCUGCCUACGUGAGGAUCCUUCAGCGCAUGACAUCCUCGGUGGCUCCCACCUCCCAACGUAGCAUCCGGCUGCGGACAAAGAGGGUGACCCGCACGGCCAUUGCUAUCUGCCUAGUCUUCUUUGUAUGCUGGGCACCCUACUAUGUGCUACAGCUGACCCAGUUGUCCAUCAGCCGCCCGACCCUCACCUUUGUCUACCUGUACAAUGCGGCCAUCAGCUUGGGCUACGCCAACAGCUGCCUCAACCCCUUUGUAUACAUUGUGCUCUGUGAGACGUUCCGCAAACGCUUGGUCCUGUCAGUGAAGCCUGCGACCCAGGGCCAGCUCCGCGCGGUCAGCAAUGCUCAGACAGUGGAUGAGGAGAGGACAGAAAGCAAGGGCACCUGAUGCCUCCCUUGCUGCCCUGGGCACCUCCGAUUCGGGACACAACAGCAAACCAGAGGGAGAGAUGCUGAGCGAGAAACUCAAGACCGCUCUGGGAGGCUGCAGGGAGAUCGGGGUGAUGAGAGCUUGCAACUCAAUGCAUUUCCACUGG